AAGGUUCAACAAAACAAAUGAAUGUCCGAUUCGUGCGCCCAUUUCAUAAGUUCCUCGAGAAUAAAAUUUCGAUUAAACGACCUCAUAUCAUUUAGUAAUUUAUCGAGGAAAAUAUACAUUUACUACUUAAUUAACCUAAGUAAUUGUAUACUGCAAAGGUUUUGUUGUAAUUGUCAUAAUCUUUGGUGUUUUAUAAUUAUUUCGUUAUACCUACGUUGAGGAAUGGAAUCAAGUUUCAUAAAAUAAAAGUGUUUGCAUUAGCUUUCGUGAUGGUAUUUUGAAACGUGUAAAUAAAUAGUAAAUAAACGUAACAUAAAGUUCUUAUCAAGCGGUCCGCAAGAUGGCAGUGAGCUUUGUUCACCUUUCACCUACAAAUGAAUAGACUGAGUGAUCACCGAUGUGCUCGUAUCUUGUUGUACGAGGCAUGUCCACUGACUCCAGCGAGUUUUGUGUGCCAUGGUAGUGAAGAGGAAGAAAGUUCCAAGAAUGAAUAACACGUUCAAAAGCACGGAUUAUAGCUGGACCCCAGGUCCAGAACCGCCUAACAAUCAGGAUGUGGGUGUUCCAAGAGCUCAUUUCAUUCCACAUUCAAAUUCUUUACCAUUUGAGGAGCGGCGCGUUACUUUAGAACAGCCUGUCAAGAUCGGCCGCAACGUGUAUCGCGCGACGCCCAGUCCCACCAAUACUAUCUUCGAAUGCAGGGUGCUCUCGCGGCAUCACGCUACGCUUUAUUAUGACAAGGGCCACUUUUAUCUCGUGGACAACCGCAGCAGCAAUGGCACGUUCAUCAACAACAACCGGUGUUCCAUCUCCAAGCAGCAGGAACCGCACGAAGUGUUCUCGGGUGACGUGGUGCAGUUCGGCAUUCCCGUCGUUGAGAAUGCCGAUAACUUGGAAAAAAACACGUUUCCCCCAGUGGUCGCCCUCCUUAAGCUUUACCAUCCUGAUGGCAAGGAGGCGAAGCUGUCGUUCAAUCCCACCAUGACUACGCCGUUACACCUUAAAGAGUUGUAUCAACUAAACAAUUUUGUUCAGGAUGCGAUCCAACGCGAGGCGUCCUUAGAAACCCGUUUGCGUACAUUACGUGAGUGCGUGGAGCGCACGCGUGCCGAGGCGGAGGCCUCUUGGGAGUUGUUCGUGGGGGAGCAGCGGCUGCUGCUGCGCGUGCACGCGCUCGAGAGUAUGCUGGCCGUGGGCAAGCAGCCCGACGUGCAGCAGGUGGCGCAGCUGCUCAACGACAAGAGGAACUAUCAGGAAGUGGCGCAAGAAAGCUUGAGAGUGGCGCACGAGCAACGUCUAGCAUUAGAAGAGACGCUGGAGCGCCGCAACCGCGAGGCGGCGGCGCUGCACCAGCACAACUGCACUCUGAGGCUCACCGCCACCAACGCUACGGCGGAGUUGCAGAAACUGGCAGCGCGUUGCGAGCGCAAGAUGUGCGCAGCGCGGCUGGCCAUCGCCGCCGCCGAGGAGCGCGAACUCGCCGCCCGCACGCAGCUGCCGCUCACGUAUUCAGUACAAAACGGCGAAGCGAAAAUGCUGGUGUUAAGUACGGACAGCAACAAAAUGCAGGAAGCGAAGCGCUCCGGCUCACUCGAGGACGCCGUGCGGGCCUUGCCUGACUACAUCAAGCUGUUACUGCCACAACAUCUCCUCAAUAAGGUCGGAAUAAAAGCGAUAUCGGCAGAAGGCAAUACUGCGAAAGAAUUCGAACUGAUCCUCAAGAAAAAUAACAUGUAUAACGCAGAAACGAAAGAUGUGGUUCCAGAGAAAGAGGAAGACGAAGGCGUGGUGGGCGGCAGUGACGAGGAGAAGAGUGUCGAGCCUGACUCCUGUACCGACGACGAGAAACAGUCGCGCCUCAACCACGACCCCGAACACGAGGAUAGCCCGAAUUCGCUGGGUGAGCUCCGCGCGGACAAUAACGCCAACUCCGAGAUAUAUGACGAGCAGGAAGACUCACCGAGUAAAGCGGGCGUGGAAUACGCGAACGUUUUACGCGUAAUGGCGGGUUUAAACGAAGAGAUUAAAACGCUCCGUGCGCGUCUCACAGCCGCUUGUGCUGAGAACUCUCAGCUGCGGGGGGUGAGGGACGAGUUGCUGGCGGUGGGGGCGGAGCCCCAGUCUGAGGAGGAGUACCGCGCCAACAUACAGCAGCUGCAGACUCAGUUAACAGUGGCAGAAGAGACGAACCAAGCUGAGAUCCAACGUUUGCUGAGUCAGACCGCAGACUUGCAGAGUCAGCUGGCCUUCAGACCGACCCGGGCGGAGGUCGAUGACCUCACUGCGUGUGUGGCCCAGCUACGGGACCAGCUGCGGGAGAAGCAGCAGCUCAUAGACCAGCUGCAGCCCUCGCAGCCCUACAAGGAGACUGCAGAGAAAGCUGUGGAGACCUCUGACUCGUUUGAGGAUAUCGAAAAGGUCAUCGAACUUGACGAGGCCAUAGAUACGAAGAAGAUUAAUGCAGAGAUCGACGAAAUGUUCCAACUAGGUUACGAGGACGAGGACGAGGACACAGAUUCGGCCGCCACGGAGAUCAACAAGGACGAGACGGCCAGCGCGGCGCCCGCCGGCCGCGCGCUCGAGGAGGAGCUGGCGCGGGUUAAGGAGCGGUGCGCGGAGGUGUCGGCGGAGCUGCGCGCGCUGCAGCAGCGCAAGCGCGGGCCGGCGAUGUCGGCGGAGCUGGCGCUGGCGCUGCUGCUGCCGCUGCUGCUGGCCGCCGCGCUCUACUGCGUGCUGCCCUAUCUCUCCUGAUAUACGGCCACCUGGGAUCCGCCCGGGUACUCCUAACGAUGUCUCCCGACUACCGCCGCACCGUGCGUCGCUCACUAUUACCAUCUCCGACUGAAAAUGUGAAAGUUCCGACAUAGAAGCCGUGUUUUUUCUGUUUGAUGUGAUGUGAAAUUAGUCAGUGAUGUGCUCCGCUUUGGACGACUAUUCUGUUUUCAGAUUGUAAGAUAAAGAAAACUAGCGACGAACUACAGUACCCAAAUGAGACGAAAACAUUUAUAUACAACAACCCAGCCCGAAUUAUAAAAAGCGGCAGACUGGGCGUUGUAGAACCCAUGAUAAAGGACAAUAUAUAUUAUCACUUAAAUCCCAUAUCUUGUGUGUAUUUCCAAUACGAAUUUCUCUUGUAUGAGCAAAAUGACAGAUGAAGAAGUCUUUAGUUUUCUUUGUCUACAGUCUCAGGAGAAAACUAUGUUAUGAUAAAAAAGCCAUAUUUGUUUCAAGACAGACAUUAAAUAUACUACCUGACUUGAUUACUUCGUUAGACGAUUAAGGUUUGUCUAACAAUAAUCACCCCCUCAAAGUAACAUACGAAAAGCUUAUCAAACCUUAUUCGGCUAUCUGAUAUAUAGAGCGUACUUUUAAUGACCAAUCGAGACGAUCGAUUUUCACGUGAUUGUUGUAGUUAUUGAUAGGUUACGUACCCGCUUGAAAAGCUCAAAACGGCUUUUGUCCACGAGUCAACGUCUCGAGACUGCUGAUCUCAGACUGAGAGUUGAUGGAAUCGGAUAUUUCGAUCACAACCCGAUCGAACCCAAAUCGAAUCGAUUAAAUUAGGCUGAAUUGUCAUUACCUAGUGUGAGGAGGCCGUAUGUGGGAAUUUGCUAUUGCAGGGGGUGAACCUUUAAAACCAAGAUAAAUUAUUGUGACUGAAACUGUAUAGCGAAAUCAUAAAAUUUAAUAAAUUAAUGACGUUUUCAUAAGACUAUUCAUUUUUAUACAAAAAAUAAAUUGGUUUUAAAACGUCACCCUGGAGCUAAAUGGAUCUGUGUGCCUACAACUGGCAACCAUGGUCGGUCGCACAACCUCGUCGUUAUCUAUUUGUUACUAUAUUGAUAUUAUUAGAUAUAUAAUAACACACUAUAAAUAAAAAAGGUGGGGAGGGACAUCGUAUUUUCGAAUUCGAAUUCCAUGACAGUCAGAAUUAAAUCUAUUUUCGGCCUAGUUGUAAUUCGUCUUGUGUAACUAUCGCACUAAAGAUGUGUCUAUGAACCGAGUAAUGAUUGGUUGUCUUGGUCGGUAUUGGCACUGCACUGCCAGGGAUUCCGGCCAUGGUCUCAAUGGUUUUUUGUCCAUUUUCUUAAAUCGUAUAAGGGUAAAUUUCACGAGCGUUUUGAACGCCACCGUGCCCUGUCAUUAGUGUUUAUUAAAUUGUAUCAUUCACAGUAAUCAAUGUAAUUAUCCUAUAUUAUAAAUAAGUAAAGUACUGAUACAAUGUUAAUUUUAUAAAUCUUUAAUUAAAAAAAAAAUAUUCUUUAUAAAAAAAAAUGCGACACUAAUGAAACGCUAUACGCCGCGUUCAAACAGUCGUGAAAUUCACCCAUAAACUAAUAAUUUAACUAAAUGGAUGAACCCCGAAUAAAUCUGAAAUCUCGCGAGCGCCUCGGACCGGCCGCCCGCUGCCGGUACCUUAACUUUUCGAAUAUUAUAUGCGCGCUUAUAUAGUUACCGGGCGAAGGAUAUUUAUCGAUUAGAAUAAUUUAGUACCUACCUAUAGUGUUAUGAUAGUUGUCGGUUUUCUGAACGCCUUCGUCCGGUGACGACGUUCGGCGGCCGGUGCGAGCUCGAUGUAUCGAGGUUAUAUCGAUAGUGCCAUGUACUAGGAGCCAGCGACGCGCACGUUGUUAACAUGUAUAUAUAAACCUAGUAUUGUUUCUAUAAAAAAAAUGUCAGUAUCAUAUUUGAUAGAUAUAAAUUGAUUGUUGAUAUCUGCCAUAAUAAAUAAAUUGUACAUUUUAUAUAAUAUUAAGGCCUAAACGACUGUCCUAAGUUAUGGUAAAUUAUUGUAUGAGGUCUGCCGAAAUUUUCAGCCGAGCUACGGCAAACGAAAUUGCCCAGCCCCUUUGUUGAGUAUGUAGGUGAUGAUGAGGUCGCGUCACACAUAUCACGGUAGUGCGUCUUGUGGCAUUUACUCGUCGACGCCGUCGACACUGUAUUUGGGUCGUUUGCAUUUUUCUAGUCUUAGAAUCGACGUAGACUUGGUUGCAUAGCGUUUCUGCUCCUGCGUUUUGUACUCUUUUUUUUUUAGAUCUAACGUAAGCCAAUAUAGUUUCCUGUAUUUUGUUUACGCAUUUAGAGCGCAUCUUUGAUCAUUUUCUUAGAUGAAGUGUGAGCGUUGUAUUUUAAUUUGCAGUCGCGGUUCUCACAGGUUAGUUUAGACGUUUGUGCAUGCGGGUUUGCCGUUUGGUUUCGUUGUUAUGUGCCACUCAAUUUGCCUGAACCGGUGCAAGUUUGGAAUUGUACCGGAUAAUAUGACGUUGUCUCUAAAGACCAAAUUAUGAUUUGACAUAGUAAGUUUAGCCUUCGAGCGGGUUUCGGGUACUGCCAUAGUCUUCCGGAAGCUACGGCGCUCGGUCCUUGAUUGCUUGCUCUGUGAUGUGAAGGCCAAUAGAUAAUUUUGUAUCAAACUUGUAUAACUAACAUUUUAUUGUAUAUCAUUAGAAUUAUUAUAAAUUUACCACGUUGAAGUCCACUGUCUAUAAAUACAUAUUUAUUAUUUUAUUGUUGCACUGAUUUUGUUACGUUCAAUGUUUUAUUUCGUGUUUAAACCACCUAAUUGUAAAUAGAUUGUACCUUAUACUCGUUCUUAUUUUAGUUCUGAGCUGUCGAAGACUUAUGUUGUAUUUUAUGGUAAAAUUAAUAUUGCAUUCAAUGUGGAUGUACUGAAAUUUAUUGGAAAUAAUAUUGAUUUGUUUAAAAA